AUGAUAAAAAAAAUUAAGGAUUGCAAGAGUUUAGUGCAAAAAUAUGUCUCAGCCGCUUAUCAGGCAUAUUAUAAAACUGUUUUUGGAGAUUUGCCCACAGAAGAUCAACCUGAAGAUGACCAACCCGAAAUGUCUAAUGAAAAUGAUGGCUAUAAAUCAUCAGAACAAUUCUUAACUGAUGAACAAAAAGCUUUGUUAAACGAAGAUACACGACUUCGACGUUCAACUGCUAAGUCUGCAUUAAGUGAAACACCAAUUCCAGAGCUGGAAUUACCAAGUACGAGUCAAAGUACUUCUUUUCAUUCUUCACCUGAACAAUCUGUUUCAUCAUUUUCUAAUGAUUUAAAACGAUUCGCUUCAGAUUUAGAAGAUCCCUAUCCUGAAAAUCAUAAAAAACCAAAGAAAAUCGACGUUAUAAAUCCUGCAGUAGUGAGUGCUCUCGAUCGAACUAAUACUAGCAGCAGAAGCGCAUUAAAUAUUCUCGCUGCCUUCUCAUUAGGAGUGCCUGUUGAAGAUACUAAUUUAAGCUACACCACCAUUCGAAGGCGUCGUUUAGAAGCUACAAAAGAUAUUGUAGAUGAUUUGAAAGACAAAAUCCAAUUUUCAAACAAUGUUUUCCUUCAUUGGGAUACGAAAUUUCUUGUUGACGUUUGUGGAUAUGAUAAAGUUUAUAGGCUUGCAGUUGUAUUUGGCUCAAAUUUCGAACAGUUAGUGAACAUAUCAAAAAUCGAAAGCGGGACAGGAGAGCAACAAAGUUUCACUCUCCUGGAGCAACUCAUCAUGCGAGAUGGAUGUCCAAGACCAUCUAUUGCCUCAAAAUGUACAUGGUUCCAAAAUCAAUUUAAUGUUGGUAGUAAAAAAGAUUUACUUAGAUUAGGUGACGUUUGUAGUUUUAUAAGUAUUGUUUAUGUGAAAGCAUUGUUUGAAGCUACUAGUCCGAUAAAGGCUCCAGUUCAAGACUUAAAUUUUCUGAAAAAUUUAAUUAACUGUAAAAAUACCAAUGAAAAGAUUUCAAAUGCUACUGUAUUAACAUUUUCGCGACACUUAUGGUACCUCAUAAAAAGACUUGCAACAAUGUCAUUUUUUGAUUCUAGUAUAAGCUUGGAAAUGAAAAAGAAAAUGAUUAAUGCUACGAAAAAAGACGGGAACAAAGUUGAUGAAAACAAAAUUACAUUAACUUAA